AUGAAUCCCCUCAGGCAGUCUUGUCGUCUCGCUUCGCGUUCAUCGCUCUUCGCACGGCACGCACCUGUGGCCGGCAUCCCUCGAGCCAUUCGCCUCCUCUCCCAGCAACAGCGGUCGCGGCUACCAACCCUUCACGCGGAGUGCCAACGACGACACCUAGCAACACCUCCGCCGCAGGUGAAGCACAGUGACCUGCCGACGCACUUGUACCAUCAGUAUGCGGACGCCACCAUGGACACGAUGCUCGAGUCGCUAGAGGCCCUUCUGGACGAUAUGGCGGACCCCGAAUGCGAGGUCGAAUAUAGCAGCGGCGUCCUCACGCUGAAGCUAGGCAGCAAGGGGACAUAUGUUAUCAACAAGCAGCCGCCGAAUAAGCAGAUAUGGCUGUCUUCCCCAUUUAGCGGACCGAAGCGGUAUGACUAUGCGCCGGAAGAAGACGGGUGGGUCUACGCGCGAGACGGUCGGUCGAUGAACGACCUUCUCAACCAAGAACUGAGCGAUGCGCUUGCCCGAGAUGUGGAUUUGGGUUUGACUGGUGUGUCUACGCAGGUCAGCUGAAGCCCACAGAAGCCCUGCGAUCUGUCACGCCGUGCACGUUCGGAUGCGAAAUGCGGUUCAAUCGUCAUGUUCUAGUUCUUGGGGCAUCGCCUUGCACGUCGCGACGUUUGCCUAUCUAGUACCGUAUCUAUGUAUACAAGGUUCACGAGUCGAUGGAGUGCUCGGUGGAUGUAAUGAAUGCGAUGCCAAACAUAAAAACGUGAUAAUGCAUGGGGUUGAUAUACAGGAGAUGAACGUAAUGCUAGCGAAAACAGUGUUCGACGAUAGAUGCGAUGCCAAAGACGUAAGGUAAUGGGCGGGAGAUUGUAGCGUGACCGAACGAGCGACACAGAGCAUACAGGGCGACGAUGAGGGAAGCAAGGGUAAAGGGUGUAAAGGGCUCGCCAACGAUAGGGGAAGGGCACUGCGGACGCAUUAGGUUUGGUCCGGGAAAUUUGGGUUAUCAAACUGUCUCCGGCGGUGGAGGAAGACAGAUCCGAGCAACCUGUUUGCAUCCUCGUAUCGUUGCGUUACACGCUGGACCUCGACGUAAUCCACUACAUCCGCAUCCUUGGUUGGAAUAGAUAUCGUAAACGACGGCGUGUGCUUGUGAAUAUCAUGAUGCGCGGAAAUCUGCGAGUCGUCGUGUGAUAGCGCAGGUGCGGUCUUGUCCGGGGCAGCGAAGUGGUGGCGGUAGGGAUGCUCGGGAUGGAUAUGUUGAUGCGGCGAGGACAGAUGGAAGUCGGGAGAGGUGGAAGUGAAGAGUAUACGAUGCCUCUGUUCUGCAUGGAGGUCAUGAAGAAGCGUGUUGACGUUUCUGUAUUCCCCCGCCUGCUCCAUGCGUUGCGCUUGCUCUGAAGAUUCCGCUUGAUCGGCAGGAUGCUCGUCGCCCUCUACAUCCUCCUCGCCGUCUGUGUCGUCCCUACCCCACGAGCUGUUUCCAUGGGUGGCAGCCCUAGCUCGUAGUGGCGCGAUUUGUCGUCUCCGUUUAGCCACCCUCUCGAAGGCAUCGAUUGCAGGCUCCGGUGUGGCCGCGUAAGGCGUGUCCGGUACGAACGACGGCGAAGACCUCUGACGCUUCAGCAUCGCGAUGGGGUUGUUCUGGGAGGGCAAAUGACGGUGUG